AAAAACGAAAUGAUAACAUGAUAACGACUAAAAUAAUAAUUGAGAACCGAAAGAAAAACACAGUUAAAUUUAAUAAAUCUAAAUAACUUCAGUUAUGUUUAAGUCGUUUAAUUGCUUCAGUGCCUUGCAUUAGUCAGUUAUAAGUUUUCGUUGUGGUAAUGGUGAUUAUGUUCAACAUUUAAAUUAGCUGAAGUUAUUUCAAUAUAAAUACCAAGCUUAGUGAAAAACACUUUCAAAAUGGAUCAAAUGCUACCGAGCCCUGGUUUUAGUAUACCUAGUAUAGGUACACCUCUUCAUCAACCCGAGGAAGACCAGCUAAUUUUACCGAACGCCAUACAACAACAACAAAGUCUACCUACUACUAACUCACAAGUGCCUCCUCUAGCUCCAAUGGGAGGUUCUACUCCAACGCUUGGUCUAGGUUUAGGCCAUGCUAUGUCUAUGCCACAUACAAAGUAUGUAACUGGAUUUUCACUGCCUAUCAGUUCUAUGGCUCCUCAAACACCACAACAUACAAUGAUGAGUCCUAUGGUAAACGUAGGUGGAACUGGUACCACUAGUGCUGGUGUAACCCCUACAUUGGGUCCCUCUACACCUUCACCAAUGACUCCUAUGACACCGCAUUCAGCAGAUCCCGGAAUCGUUCCACAAUUACAAAACAUCGUCUCAACUGUAAACUUGAGCUGUAAAUUAGAUUUAAAGAAAAUUGCCUUGCACGCGAGAAAUGCCGAAUACAAUCCGAAGCGAUUUGCUGCCGUAAUUAUGAGGAUAAGGGAACCGAGGACGACGGCUUUGAUAUUUUCGUCGGGGAAAAUGGUGUGUACAGGUGCGAAAAGUGAAGAAGACUCGAGACUAGCGGCGAGAAAGUACGCUCGAAUUAUACAAAAGUUGGGGUUCCCUGCGAAGUUUUUAGAUUUUAAAAUACAGAAUAUGGUGGGAAGUUGUGAUGUUAAAUUUCCGAUACGAUUGGAAGGUUUGGUUUUAACUCACAGUUCUUUCAGUAGUUACGAGCCGGAAUUGUUUCCUGGUCUUAUAUAUCGUAUGGUGAAACCAAGAAUUGUUCUGUUAAUAUUUGUUUCCGGCAAGGUUGUUCUGACUGGUGCUAAAGUUAGACAGGAAAUUUACGAAGCAUUUGAUAAUAUUUAUCCAAUUUUAAAAAGUUUUAAGAAGCAAUGAUAUGCUAUUUUUGUUUUAUGGACAAUUUUCAUUUGAUUUUCACUAGAUUUACUCGUUUUGGUUUGUCAUAGUAUAACUAUUUUUUUGUUAUUUGAAUUAAACUACGCAUUUUUUAAAUAUUACCAAUUACAUUUCCAUUUUUACAUAAAACAAAUUACAAUGACUUGUCAAGAGUCCUAUAAAUCAUACAAGUUCAUUUCCUAAACCUGAAAAGAGUUUUCAUAUUUAUGAAACGGGUCCUUGCUCUUAUCAGAAGUAAUUUAUAAUGUUUAUCGCAUCAGCAAGGGCGGCAUUUGUCCAACAUGAAAUAUUUUAUAACCUGUCGAUUCUUUUGGGUUUUUCUUAUUUCAAUUUAUAUGUUAGGAACGCAGUAUAGGAACAUUUAACAGAUUGGGUUUACAUAAUUUCCAUUUGUAUGUUAGAAGCGUAGUAAAAGUUUUUAAUGGUUGAAUUUUAUACUGAGAAAUAUUUUUAGGAUAAAAUUUUAAGUUGACCAUUCAAUAAAACUAUUUCAAUUUGUUGAAGAAUUGAUAUGUAAAUAAAUUGACUCUAAUUAAC